GCCAUCGCUGAAUACAAUAUGUCGCAAUACGUUUGGAGCAAUUUGUUGUUUAUAUAUUUCUUUGUGUUGGCAUUAUUAACACAGGAAUGUGCUAUUGUGAAUGGAAUUCCCUUGCGGCAAGGCGAAAAGAAUAAUCACCCAAAUAUCCACCUGCAGCAUGAACCCACUAGACCGACGCUGGAUGGACUGCCCGGAAUGCAAGCUACUCCCAGUGGUUUUCAACCUGAUGAUUCUGUUCAUAAACCACAAGGAGAGGAUCAUCCAGAUCCGAGACCGAUGACCUGGCCACCAGCACCUCCUCCCCCUGAUCAUUUGGACUUGUAGUGACUAUAGGUUCUUUUAGUUAUUACAAAAUCGAGUGUACUUUAAAUUCGAUGACGAAACUCUUUUAAAUAACUGCCAAAACAUGUAUCCGGGAGCAGAGUAUUUCUAUCUGUACUUUCGAACAGUGAUAUAUCUAAACAUGAUAUAAAAAAGACUGUUUUCCUACAUUAACGUAGAAGUUAACGUGCAUAGUC